CCAAGAUGGAUGCACACAUGAGUGCCUUCCCAUAGCAUCGAUAACAGAUUCGUGUGGCGAGGAAGGUCUGCGGGUCCUUUGGAAUCUUCGGUCCCGGGAUGGCGGGGAAAAUGCUGCGCGCGUCGCUCCGAGAGAUUUCUGCAGCACUAAAGAAAGGCCACGUGAGUUCAACAGAGCUUUGUCAGAAGUGCCUCUCUUUAAUAAAAACUACCAAGUUUCUUAAUGCUUACAUAACAGUAACAGAAGACAUAGCAUUAAAACAAGCUCAGGCAUCGGAGGAGAGAUACAGACAAGGUCAGCCACUGGGUGAUUUAGAUGGUGUUCCUGUUGCUGUGAAAGACAACUUCAGCACUGCUGGUAUUGAAACAACAUGCGCAUCCAAGAUGUUGAAAGGUUAUAUCCCCCCAUACAAUGCAACAGUAGUUCAGAAAUUGCUGGAUCAAGGAGCUGUGCUGCUUGGAAAAACAAAUCUAGAUGAAUUUGCUAUGGGGUCUGGAAGUACAGAUGGGGCAUUUGGGCCAGUUCGAAACCCCUGGAGUUACUCAAGACAGUACAAAGGAAAAUGUGCACCAACAUCCUGUGCUCAACCUGAGGAUGCCAGCUGGCUGAUAACGGGAGGGAGCUCUGGCGGCAGUGCUGCUGCGGUAUCAUCAUUCACAUGCUUUGCGGCUCUGGGAUCUGAUACAGGAGGUUCCACACGAAAUCCAGCCUCCCUCUGCGGCGUUGUCGGUCUGAAGCCCACCUAUGGCCUCAUUUCCCGCUAUGGUCUCAUUCCGCUUGUGAACUCGAUGGAUGUGCCAGGCAUUUUAACCAGAUGUGUUGAUGAUGCAGCUGCUAUGUUAGGUGUCCUUGGUGGGCAUGACCCAAAAGAUUCAACCACAGUGCAAGACCCCUUUUGUCCAUUUCAGCUACCUAACUUGAUAGACAUGAAGAAUUUUUGCAUUGGGGUACCUAAGGAAUACAGCGCAGCGGGAUUAUCUAGUGAAAUUCUAGCUGUGUGGUCCAGGGCAGCUGACCUCUUUGAGAAAGCUGGGGCUAAAGUGAUGGAAGUGAGCCUGCCCCACACUGCCUAUUCCAUUGUCUGUUACCAUGUGUUAUGUGCAGCUGAUGUAGCUUCUAAUAUGGCUCGAUUUGAUGGUCUGGAGUAUGGACAUCGCAGCAGUGCUGAUCAGUCCACAGAAGCUUUGAUUGCAGCAACACGCCGGGAAGGUUUUAAUGAUGUUGUAAGGGGAAGAAUUCUAUCAGGGAACUACUUCUUGCUAAAACAGAAUUAUGACAAUUAUUUCAUCAAAGCUCAGAAAGUGAGAAGACUCAUAGCCACUGAUUUUGCAAAACUCUUCCGUUCUGGUGUGGAUAUUCUGCUCACCCCAACUACCUUGAACCAGGCUAUGUCAUAUCACGAAUUCAUCAAGGAAGACAACAGGACUCGCAGUGCACAAGAUGAUAUCUUCACUCAGGCUGCCAACAUGGCUGGGCUGCCAGCUGUAAGUGUUCCUUCAGCCCUCUCAGGAAAAGGCUUACCGAUUGGACUGCAAUUUAUUGGCCGUGCUUUCCAUGAGCUGCAGCUUCUCAUGGUAGCCAGAUGGUUCGAAAAACAGGUGCAGUUCCCUGUCCUAGAUCUAGAAGGAAUCAUGGACCCUCUUGAUACUGUGUCUCACCAGGAGAAAUCAGCAUUUUUUUCAUGAACUAUGAUGAGAAGCUUUAUUAUUUAUACAGUCAAAAGGAUUUAGAAAAGCACAAAGCUCUGUGUAUCAAAGCUUUCAAUGUACUAUUUUUAUAAAUGAAACUCUUCUUAUUAAAG